AUGUCCGUGGGGUCUAUCUGCCCGCCAAUUAAGGGCCUGACAUGGAUCAAAGGCGGGCCGAUGCCAUUGCCACCACCAGGGCCCUGUGUCAUCGAAUUCUGGGCCACUUGGUGCCCCCCCUGCCGGCAGACGAUACCCCACUUGACACAGCUUCAGCGGCAGCUGCAAGGCAAGGUAACCAUCGUGGGCAUAAGCCUGGACGAGGACAUUGCUAAGCUGCAGCGGUUCGUGGCGGCAGAGGGCGAGAAGAUCGGGUACGCCAUCGCCGCGGACCUGGCAGGCGGCGCCCAGCAGGAGCUGUACCUGAAGAGUGAGGCGCGUGGGGUGCCUCACGCGUUUCUGCUGGAUGCCGAUCACAGAAUCCUCGCCAGCAGCCAUCCAAUGGACCCGGCCUUCACUUCAAAGCUGCAGGCCGCGGCCGCCUCCGCGGGCCCCGCCCCCGCGCCCGCCCCCGCCAAGAAGGCGGUGCCGCCGGUGACCCUGUCGUUCGACGAGCUGAUGACUAAGGGCGUGAAGGAGCUCAAGGCGCUGCUGGCAGAGCGGGGGGUGGCCCACGCUGACUGCCUCGAAAAAGGGGACCUCGCGCGGCGCGUCGUGGAGCGGUGCUCUCAAGUGACGCACUACGUGUGA